AUGAGUUUCAGCUCAGUGUGGAUGAAUACACUCAGACUUAAUCGAUGUCUCUUCAUGAAAAGUGUUUUCUCUCAACUGCUUCUCAUGCUUAGAGGCUAUAUCCAGGGCAAUAAUGCAGAUGAUGAGAACAAAAUCCUAGAGGACCUGAGUCCAGCCUCCGACACAUUUAGAGAUAACCGCCAGCUCGUCACCGAGAUGCGAGGCCAUAACUUUGAUGUCAUCCGUUUUGCAACAUAUAGAACUGCCUGCAAACUUCGCUUUGUCCAGAAGAAAACUAACUUGUAUCUUGUUGACAUAUGGAACAUCAUUGAGGCUUUCCGGGAGAAUGGCCUGAACACUCUGGAGCCGGAGUCUGAGCUGAAUGGGUCGCGGGUGGAGUCUGUGUUGUCCAGUAUAUUCUGUCACCUGAACAAACGUCUACCGUCCCCACAACAGGUGGACAAUGACCAAUGUAUACAGAUGUUACUUAGUUGGCUCAUCAAUGCUUACGACAGUGCUGGCCGAGGGCGAAUUCGAGUGUUUUGCCUGAAAGUAGCAUUGUCCCAUAUGUGUGCUGGAAAACUGAUGGACAAGCUGCGCUACAUAUUUACUCAGUUGUCGGACUCCAGUGGCUACCUAAACCGACAACGAUUUGAGGACUACCUACGAGACCUAUUAACACUCCCAACAGCUGUGUUUGAGGGACCAUCAUUUGGGUACAAUGAGAUGGCCUCCCGGGCCUGCUUCGAUGGUAGGUCGCCAGUGAAUGUGAAUGACUUUCUCAAUGUGAUGAUGUCAGAUCCAGGACCGCAAUGCCUCAUGUGGCUACCCAUACUUAACAGAAUGGCACAGGUGGAAAAUGUGUUUCAUCCAGUGCAGUGUGAGGGUUGUCACCGUGAGUCCUUUAUGGGAUUCCGUUACAAGUGUCAGCGUUGCUAUAACUACCAGUUGUGCCAAGACUGCUUCUGGAGGGGUCGAACCUCUGGAAACCAUAGUAAUGACCAUGAUAUGAAAGAGUACACAUCCUAUAAGUCAGCAGCUAAACAGAUAGGCCACAAUCUUAAGAAGUCUAUGAAAUGUGUGCCGACCAAGGCAAACCAGAAGAUUCCUCACUUUCCUGACACACCAGAGAAAACCAUGGAUCUUUCCUACAUCGUAAAGCUCCCUUUUGAGGAUGUUAUGCGCCUCCUGAAACCUCCUACGCCACAGCCGCCCAGGAAUGGGUUCCAUCAGGAACUACCACUGACCCAGUCAUCAGAGGUGUCGUCUGUCGACAGUGGCAUCAGUCCUCGCAGCCCCAGCAAAACCAACGUGGACACGACAAGAAUAGAUGACGAGCAUCGCCUCAUCGCCAGGUAUGCUGCGCGCCUGGCUGCUGAUGUUACCAACGCAGCAAGAAGUCCAACAGAACUCAGCUUCAGUUUGGAUGGCAGCAAGGCCCAGAGGGAGCUCAUCUCUCAACUUGAGGCCAAAAACAGGGAAAUUAUGCGAGAAAUCCAGAGACUGAGACUAGAACAAGAAGCCCAUGCCAAAAGUACCGCUGAUGCUCAAUAUAAUCCUACCCUACUGGCUGAGCUUCGUUUACUACGCCAACGCAAAGAUGAACUAGAAAAUCGCAUGCAGGCCCUCCAGGAAAGUCGAAAGGAGCUGAUGCUUCAACUAGAAGGUCUCAUGAAGUUACUCAAGAACCACCCUACCUCACCCAGAUCCACACCCAAUGAGAGCCCUCGAUCACAGACAGGCAGUCUCCCACCUGCCUCCUACUCCGGUCGGGUGAGUGCCCCCACCACCCCUGCCAUGGAGUCGUCCAUGCUGUCUGGGGUAGGUGGGGAUGUAAGGCAGGCCUUCAGUCAGCCCACAACUGUCACAAGUGUACGACAUCUCAGGAAUGACCUUCUUGUAGCUGCAGACUCCGUCACUAGCGCCAUGUCCUCCCUCGUCAAGGAGCUCAACUCAGAUACAAGUAUAAGUGAUGAUGAAGACGAUGGACAGAUCAGUGAAGCAGAAGCCAACUUGGUGGUGGCUGAUAGCUAUGUGAUGCGAACCCAAGAGGAGCUUGAUAACUGGCAACAAGAAGUGCUGCGAAGGCUGGACCAGGAGCAGGACUUCAUUUCACAGCUUCGCGCUCGCAGGGCCAAGAGUGCCAACAGCAGUCGCAACCAAAGUGACACAGAAAAUGACAAUUACAUUCCAGAGAAUUCGUUCCUAAACAGGACAGAUGAUGGAAGUGCCUUAGGUACUGAUGACGCAGAGUCAUACAUCCGCACUGACGAUGAAAGUUGCAUCCGAACAGAUGACGAGGAUGCUGAGCUCUAUGACAACCAUCCAAAGGAGUUACCUGGUCGAAUGACUUCUAGUACUUACACAACAGAUGAGGAGAGUUAUCUCCAGUCUGAUGCAGAUUCUUACAUCCGCACUGAUGAUGAGGAUGGAGGCAACACUGACUGGGAAGAGUCUAUGAAACGCUGGGUCAAUCGCUGA